CGAGCAUCGAUGUGAGUUUAUUUUCUGUGUAUGAAUAAAUCGCAAUGAAAAGAGAAAAUCAGAAUAAGUUUAGCGAGCGUGCUGUUUGGACGUUUAUUUUUUCUGUUGUUAAAGUUGAUUUAAAGCAGUUCUCGUACCCAAAUUGAACACAUAUUAGAGAAAAGAUUUGACGCGCAAUUCAGUUUAAUUUGUCAUAAAUUCUCUCAAAAUCUUGAUCAUCUUUAUGAUCCGUGUCUAUUAAAAGAAUCAUCAACAGUCACAAAAGCCAAAACAAUCAGGAAAGGAAUCAUGUCAUUCAUAAAAUCGAUGCUAAAGAUCAGUUCAAAACACAAAAAAUUAAAUGAGGAACUUGCACUUGCUAGCAGUAUAAAAGAUUUUACUGAGAGUCCACUAGAUUUAAAUGAUGAGGAAUUAACUGACGAUGCUGUAGUUUAUACAUUGAAAUUCAUUGGAAGUACGCCACUUUUGCAGGCUAAACCGGAAGAGACAAAGAAAACAAGGUUUAGCAAAAAGCCUAAUUUAGCAACAACAAGUGCCAUUAAGAAGGUCAUUGCAGCCUCAAAAAGUCAAAAGAAAUUAACCGAUGUUACAAUUUCAAUCUCACCAAAAGGAAUCAAUGUUUUUGAUACAGUAACAGAAGAACCAGUCCUAGAAAUUCCAAUUUAUAAAAUUUCAUACUGUUCCGUUGAUUCCGCACAUGACACAAUAUUCUCCUUUGUCAGCACAACAGCAGAUAAAGAAGAGAAUUUUGAAAUCAAUCAGUUUGGGUCACCAGACUCUCCCAUUGGUCAGCUAGAGUCUUCUUCUUCUUUAGAUGAUGACAAUGACCUUAUUCUACACGCAUUUCAAUGCAACAAAAGAAAACUAGCACAUACCGUAACAUUAAGCGUUGCAAGAUCUUUUGAGCGUGCAUUUCAAAUCUAUCAAAGUGAACAAUUUUUGAAAGAUAUUCGCGAGAAGAAGACAAACAAGGAAAACAUCGUGUCCAAGAAUACAGAAAAUAUUAAAAAUUUGAUGUCUUCUGGUGACAAAAAUGAUGAAAAAUGUUUGAUUGAUUUGGAUGAUGGACCACAAUUAAAUUUUUUGUACUCAAAGGAGAGGAACAGAGAAUUCUUACAGAACACAUGGGUUUCUUUCGAAUAGAGAUUUUAUGAGGCUUUAAUUUAUCCUUUAUGUCAAUCAUUAUUUUACGUCCUAUUUCUCUUUUAACAUUUGUAAUCUAUUCAUAGAAUUUUUCCAAUAAAAAAGACUUUACACGUUAAACUAA